AUGCCGCUGCCGGAAUCAACCCCCGGCAAGCUCGCCUCCCUCCCUUCCUCUCCUCGACCUCCAUCACAAACACCAACGUUGAUAUCUCUGCCCGACUUGCCCGAGGACGUCUUCCUCUUGGUCCUGACACACCUCUCCGCAUGGGACGUCGUGUCCUGCCAGCGCGUCUCCAGGUCAUGGCGCACCGCCUUCUCCAGAGACGAAUACAUCAGAUUCGUGCUGCAGUCCUACCCGCGCGCCAGGGAAGUCCGGUCUCUCCCCCCCGGCGCCCUCCAUUUGCACUCUCCCUGUCAACCACAAAGCUCGCAACUGGAUUGGAAAGGCAUCCUUGGCAAGGUGGCCUCGCGUUACCACCACCUCGCCCAGGGCACCGCCAGAGUCGUCGACAGAUACCCCAUGGCACCGGUUGAACAAUUAGGCGACUGGUUCCCUGUGGGCCAGUGGGAUUAUCACGAAAGCCAGCCAGGAGGUCGUCUCUACUACGAGACCGCCGCCAGCCACCUGAGCCGCAUUGGCACCAAGCCUUACCUGUUCCGACCGACCCUGUGGUCCUACGACGACGGGCUUCUGGUGUACGCGCCCGCCGAGGGCAACGAGGACGGUUACUUCCCGCAGAUUUUGGCCUUGUUGGACGUCGAGGCCGGCCAGAAGUAUCCCAUCCCAUUCGAUAUUCGCGGCAAGAUCAUCCGCAAUCUGCGCCUCAAAGACCGCACCUUGAUCGUGGAAUGGGCCGAAAAGGACCCCUUCCACAACCUCAACGCCAUGGAACAAGUCAACCGUCAUUUCGCGAAUUGUUUCGACGUCCGGCCUAUUACUUCUGAACACCCAAAGUCCUGCUGGGAGGUAACCUGGCGUUCAGAAUGGAAGAUGCAUUUUUUGGGGUUGCCGCCCAAUUACCACGACCGCUUCUUCUCCACCCACAAUGCCACCCAUUACGCCGUGUAUUUCUGGCAGCCCAACCGGAGCAUGUACACAGGCGACGAGGAGCUGCCCAUCGAGUCGCUCUCGGUGUGGGACAUUUCUGGCUCCUCGCCGUAUCGACCGUCCACAGACCCGUCUGGCAAAUUCCGCCCGGCCGGAAAAGCCACUUCCGGUCCAUAUAUCGUGUCGAGGUUCUCGUUCAUGCAGAUGGACACGUUUGGCAUCCGUCAGCGCGCGAGCGUCGCCUUGAUGUCUCUGCACCUGGACAGUGAAACCCUAUCCCUCACAGUGCGCGAGAACGUUGGCGUGUCGGGACAGGGCUACUUUGACCCCGCGGAACGGCUGUGGUGCGCGAAAACCACAACAUUCCCGUUUUUGGGAGAAGGACCUCGACUGUUUCGCGAGUGGGACGGCAAUCUGCCCCCCUACCGUGGCCACUGUAGCAUGGAGACGGCCGACGUCGAGGAGAGUGAACGCUGGUUUUUGCCCAUCAUGGACGUGGUCGACACCCUCGCCGGCGUCCGCUUGAGUCUGGUCGAGACGUGCUUCUCGGGCCACAGCGUCGAGAACCGGCUCGUCGUGCGCAUGAAAGCCGACCUCGAGGACAAAAUCAAGGACUUUGCCCACGUGGAAGAGACCGCGCUUGGCUGGGCCACCCUCGACGACGAUCUCACAAGGGAAGUCUCCUUUAUGGGCCGCAUCGCCGGCGACGAGAGGUGGCUGAUAGGCCAGAACGAGCGUAUGGAAAUGGUGGUCAUCAAGUUCUAA